CUUGUGGAAUAAAAACGAAUGACAACUGGAAUCUGAACAAUUCUUGAAAAAGGGAUUUGUGCUGUGUAGGCAGGCUCUUCACUAGCUUACGGCUGGGAUGUGACAUGCCACAAAACUAAUUCCAAAGUUGCAUGUUUCUAAUAACAGUAGCCUUGGUAAUCACGCCCAAGGAUGUGCUGCACAUGAGCAGAUGCACAGACUCCUGGCUUGUUACAAGUUGUGAGCAUGGGAUCAGCAUUCAUGUAGCAGAAGUUCUUGCUUCUGAGACCACAAGCUACAUUUCAGUUUGAUGCAGCCUGCUCAGCAACCUCAGCAAUUCAACAUUGCUUAAUAAUAUUGGCACAAUCCCAAGCUCCUUAUAUCUUCAUGACAUUUUUCUCUGGCAGGUCAUACUCUGAACAGUUGUGAGACCAAAAUUCUGCCACAGUAGGAUGGAUCUCUGACCAUGUCUGAUAAAAGGAAGGCAAAGGUUUUGGCAGUAUCAUCUGCAGAGUUUGUCAUGAGGGAGUGGUUCUGAAGUUGUAAGGUGGGCACUAUGGAGUAGAAAUGCAGAAAUAUGAAAAACUGGACAAAAUUGGAGAAGGGACAUAUGGGACAGUUUUUAAGGCAAAGAACAGGGAUACUCAUGAGAUUGUUGCCCUGAAGAGAGUUCGUCUCGAUGACGACGAUGAGGGCGUGCCGUCGUCGGCCCUGCGCGAGAUCUGCCUGUUGAAGGAGCUCAAACACAAGAACAUCGUGCGCCUGCAUGAUGUGCUGCACAGCGACAAAAAGCUGACGAUCGUGUUCGAGCACUGCGAUCAGGACCUGAAGAAAUACUUCGACUCGCUGAACGGCGAGAUCGACCCGAAUGUCGUCAAGUCGUUCAUGUUCCAGCUGCUGCGCGGGCUGGCCUUCUGUCACAGCAAAAAGGUGCUCCACCGCGAUCUCAAGCCGCAAAACCUGCUCAUCAACAAGAAUGGCGAGCUGAAGCUGGCCGACUUCGGCCUGGCGCGGGCGUUCGGCAUCCCGGUCAAGUGCUACUCGGCCGAGGUGGUGACGCUGUGGUACCGGCCGCCGGACGUGCUGUUCGGCGCCAAGCUCUACUCCACCAGCAUCGACAUGUGGUCGGCCGGCUGCAUCUUCGCCGAGCUGGCCAACGCCGGCCGGCCGCUCUUCCCGGGCGCCGACGUUGACGACCAGCUGAAGCGCAUCUUCAAGCUGCUGGGCACGCCGACCGAGGAGACGUGGCCGGGCAUCGGUGCGCUGCCCGAGUACAAGCCGUUCCCGCUCUACCAGCCGACCAUGCCGCUGUCGCAGGUGGUGCCCAAGCUGAACAGCAAGGGCCGCGACCUGCUGCAGCGUCUGCUGGUGUGUAACCCUUCGCUGAGGAUUAGUGCCGACGACGCGCUCAGCCACGUCUACUUCUCUGAUCUCAGUCCGGCCCUGAAGACGACCUGAUGACCUUAGGUCAGGGCACUCCGGUCAGGUCGGCUCAGGCCGAUGGAUCUGAUCACUCGCCGCUGCGGUUUUCGGCGUUCUUCCGCCGGUGCUGCCUAUUUUCAGAUGUAUUUAUGUUGUCGCCAGGUGAUGUCUUAUGUUGGUCGUAAGUUUGUGCGCCCGUCGGCUGGGUGGCGCCGCAAUUGUCAUUUACCCGCAUGUAGUCAUCUUGUACAUGGAAUACAUACUCGAGACGUUUU